CGCAGAAACUUGUUGCAACAAACAGGCGACCGCGGGUGCCCCUAGCAGCCAGCGGCGGAGUGGGUGGGCGGGCGAGAGGGAGGGGAAGGCUGGCGGACGCCGCAGCGAACUGGUGGGCAGACCCGGAGUCGCCGCGUAAGCGGGGCCGGCUCAGUGCGGUGCGGCAGGCGCGGCUGUGCGGCAGCGGAAGUCCUUUGUUGCAGCACAGUCCCUGGCAGAGCCAGAGCCUCUCCGCGCAGCCCAGCCCGAGCGCCGAGCGCCGUGCGCUGCCGCCACUGCAGCUCGCGGCCCCUUCGCCUCCGCCCGCCUUUCCCGCGGCUGAUUUGCCUUAAACUCCCUAAAACCUCCGCAGCCCCGGUUCCUGCGGCGGCCGGUCUCUAAUUAAUAGAAGAUGGCAAAGCCCAGCCACAGCAGCUACGUCCUUCAGCAGCUAAACAACCAAAGGGAAUGGGGUUUUCUCUGUGACUGUUGUAUCGCAAUUGAUGACAUUUACUUUCAAGCGCACAAAGCAGUUCUAGCUGCCUGUAGCUCCUAUUUUAGAAUGUUUUUCAUGAACCACCAGCACAGUACUGCACAAUUGAAUCUCAGCAACAUGAAAAUCAGUGCUGAGUGUUUUGAUCUCAUUUUGCAAUUUAUGUAUUUAGGGAAAAUCAUGACGGCUCCCUCCAGUUUUGAGCAAUUUAAAGUUGCAAUGAACUACCUACAGCUGUACAAUGUUCCUGACUGUUUAGAAGACAUACAAGAUGCAGAUUGUUCUAGUUCAAAAUGUUCCUCUUCUGCUUCUAGCAAACAGAACAGCAAAAUGAUAUUUGGUGUAAGAAUGUAUGAAGAUACUGUGGCAAGAAAUGGCAGUGAAGCCAACAGGUGGUGUGCAGAGCCAAGUUCAACAGUAAACACACCACAUAAUAGAGAGGCUGAUGAAGAGUCUUUGCAAUUAGGUAAUUUUCCUGAACCACUAUUUGAUGUAUGUAAAAAAAGUUCUGUGUCCAAAUUAUCUACUCCAAAAGAACGUGUGUCACGACGCUUUGGACGGAGUUUUACUUGUGAUAGUUGUGGUUUUGGCUUUAGCUGUGAGAAAUUACUAGACGAGCAUGUGCUAACCUGUACUAACAGACAUUCAUACCAAAACACAAGAUCUUACCACAGAAUCGUUGAUAUUAGAGAUGGAAAAGACAGUAAUAUCAAAGCUGAGUUUGGUGAAAAGGAUUCUUCUAAAACAUUUUCUGCACAGACAGACAAGUACAGAGGAGACACAAGUCAGACUGCUGAUGAUUCAGCCUCAACCACUGGAAGCAGGAAGAGCACAGCGGAGUCUGAACUAGGAAGUGAAGAAAAAAGCAGAGCUGCUGAGAGAAAAAGAAUCAUCAUCAAGAUGGAGCCAGAAGAUAUUCCUACCGAUGAACUGAAAGAUUUUAACAUUAUUAAAGUUGCUGAUAAGGACUGCAAUGAAUCCACUGACAAUGACGAAUUAGAAGAUGAGCCUGAAGAGCCAUUUUAUAGAUAUUAUGUUGAAGAAGAUGUCAGUAUUAAAAAAAGUGGUAGGAAAACUCUAAAGCCUCGGAUGUCAAUAAGUGCUGAUGAGAGAGGUGGUCUAGAAAAUAUGCGGCCCCCUAACAAUAGCAGUCCUGUACAAGAGGACACUGAAAAUGCGUCGUGUGAGCUGUGUGGACUCACUAUUACUGAAGAGGACCUUUCAUCUCAUUACCUAGCCAAACACAUUGAAAAUAUCUGUGCAUGUGGUAAAUGUGGACAAAUACUUGUUAAGGGUAGACAGCUUCAGGAACAUGCUCAAAGGUGUGGAGAACCCCAAGAUCUGACCAUGAAUGGGCUGGGGAAUACUGAGGAGAAGAUGGACAUGGAGGAAAAUCCUGAUGAGCAGUCUGAAAUACGAGAUAUGUUCGUAGACAUGUUGGAUGAUUUUAGGGACAAUCAUUUCCAGAUAAACAGUAUCCAAAAGAAGCAGUUAUUUAAACAUUCUGCCUGCCCUUUCCGAUGUCCUAAUUGUGGCCAGCGUUUUGAAACUGAAAAUCUAGUGGUUGAGCAUAUGUCUGGCUGCCUAGACCAAGAUAUGUUUAAGAGUGCCAUCAUGGAAGAAAAUGAAAGAGAUCACAGACGAAAGCAUUUUUGUAACCUGUGUGGGAAAGGGUUUUAUCAGCGAUGUCACUUAAGAGAACACUAUACUGUUCAUACUAAGGAGAAACAGUUUGUUUGUCAGACAUGUGGAAAGCAGUUUUUAAGAGAACGUCAGUUGCGACUGCACAAUGAUAUGCACAAAGGCAUGGCCAGUGGUGAAAUAGGGCCUUCUAAACCUCUGGAGCAGUGAGAUCUGAAUUUGGAGAGGACAUGGGGAAGAAUCAAUCUUCAACAGAUAAUCUUUAAGUCCAGACCCAAGAAUAUCAGAUCUGAAGUGGCACCAUCAUUUCUGUCCUCCUGACAAAUCUCAUCAACCCCAAAAGUUCCAGUUGCAAGGAUCCAAGAAAACUCAGUAAAGAUCACUUUGAAGUUACUUUGUAUGACAAAAUUGAUUCAUGGUGACUCUCCUAGUAUUUAUGGAAAAUCUGCCAAAAAUAAUUAGAUUAUUUAUGUGACAUCAGUGAUGAAAGCUACACUAAAAUGAAACUUUAUGUUAAUUUUCUUCAAGGGUCCCUUCUCAAAUAAAAGGGCUUGCUAUAAAUCUGUUAUAUAUAGAGAGAAUCACAUAUCUGUGUAAACAAUUCUGAGAAUAAUCUGUUACAGUUUACAUUUUAUGAAAUACAGUAGAACAAUUAAAAUAUAUAUACCAAAAAUCUGUAGCUUAACAUAUAACUAUAGAGGUAGAUACAGAGAAAAAAACUGAGAAAACAGAAUUUAGUUAUUACUGUAAAGUAACAUUUGUCUUCCUUUUUCACCCUGUAUACCAGUCACAAACUUAAUUUUUUAUAUCAAUGAAGCUCUUUUUUAAAUCUGUCAACUUGAAGGGAAAACAGAUGUAAUUUUACUUUAUUGGUGGUAGAUUUUUCACUGAUCACAGACAACCAAAAUUAAUGUAUCUUAAGAUAUUGUUUUCUCCUGAAUUUAGCAAUAUAAUAAAGCAGAAUGAGCUUCUGUUAAAUAUAUUCUCAUUAUUAAUAUGUAUCAUCAUGCUUCUGUUUUCAAAUUCCAAGGUAAAAUUCAACCAUGUAUUUAAAGAAUGGUUAACAUGUUUUUAAAAAUCUUUCAUGGGGAAGUGAAAUAUUUGAUGAUUUUAACCUGACUAUAAAUACAUACAUAUAUAUCCAUAUUUUCUUAGACAUAUGGAUCUUGAUAGCCAUAUUAUAUCCUUACUGUGAAUGUAUUUGUAGUUUUAUUUAACACUGUACACAAUUCCUUGCAAUUUCAAGGUGUUAUGCAUUUUCAGAAAUGCUUGUUUUGUUUUGAUGCCUGUCUUCAGAUGUUUUAAUAAGGUAUUGCACAGACAUCUGAGAGUACACAAUAUGGUAUGCAGAAGUUAAAUCACUUAAAAUUUCUAGCUAUAAAGUAGGAUAUAAUUUGAAUACUCAUUAUAAUAAUCAAAUUAACAAAUCAGAGUUAAUGGCAAUGUGAUAGUGGGUGGAAAAGGGAGAAGAGAAAUCCAUUUGAAGGCUUCAAAUUUAUAUGAAUAGAACUACUUUAAGAGAAAUACAGACUUAGAGAAGUGUUAGAUUCUCAUAAAAAAUAAAGAAUUAAUCUCUUGGGAAUAUAAAGCUUAUGGGACUAUAGACUUCUAACAAGUAGGAUUUAAAAAAAAAUAAAGAAUAUUACCAAUAAUUAAAGGUGCUAGAUCAAUAUAAUAGAGACUCAUGAAUAAUUUUUGAUUGGUAGAUUUAGACUUAUAAAAUAAUAU